AACAUUUUUAUUUUUAAACAAUGAUGCCUGGAUCAGAUGACAGCGCGUCAACAGCCAUUGAAACGGAAUUUGGAGACAAACAAACAUCCUCUCAAGUUGCCGCAAUGCAAGAUGGACCUGAGGAAAAGAGAGAACAUGGAAAGCAGUCAGGCCCGCGGAUGACCAAGACAUUUUUAAAAGACCACUGUAAGCAGUACAAGCUCUACUCAACACCGUGCCUGAAUGACACCUUGUAUCUGCAUUUCAAAGGUUUUAACACCAUCGAAAAUUUAGAAGAUUACACAGGAUUGAAGUGUCUUUGGUUAGAAAGCAACGGCCUGCAUCAAAUCGGGAAUCUAAAUGCACAGGUUGACCUUCGCUGUCUGUUUCUUCAGCAGAACCUGAUACACAAGCUGGAAAAUCUUGAGUCGCUGAAAAGCCUCUGCACUCUAAAUGUCUCCAAUAAUUACAUACAGACCAUUGAGAACAUUUCCUGCCUUCCGAAUCUCAAUACUCUGCAAAUUGCCCAUAACAAACUCGAAAGAAUUGGCGACAUAGAGCAUCUGAGUCAGUGUCGCUCCAUCAGUGUGCUGGAUCUGUCUCACAACCUAUUAAACGAUCCUGAUAUUAUUCAUGUGCUCGAAGACAUGCCAGAUCUACGAGUCCUGAACUUGAUGGGAAAUGAAGUUGUGAAAAAGAUCCCCAACUACAGAAAGACCUUGAUCGUCCGCCUCAAGCAGCUUACCUUCCUCGACGACAGGCCCGUUUUCCCGAAAGACAAGGCUUGUGCUGAGGCUUGGGCACUUGGUGGGAUUGAGGAGGAACGCAAGGAGAGGGAACGAUGGAACACGCGAGAAAGGAGAAAAAUCCAGGAAGGCUUGGAUGCCUUGGCAAUAAUACGAAAGAAAGCCCAGGAGAGGCAACGCCUGAAAGACGACCUUGACAGAGGUGAAACCGAGACUUCUUGCGAGGAAACACUAAAUGAGAAAAGGCAAGUCUUUGUUCAGGACACCUUGGAUGCCCACGUGGACUUUUUGCAAAACCAAAUGAAAGAGCAGCCCCACACAAAACAACCAAACAAUUCCGAGUCAGAGAAAUAUGAUGUGCAAUUACACGAAGAAACACCAGAGGACAAUAAUAGAGAACAACCAGAGUGUGUGGUUCAAGGUGAUGAUGUAGGGGAAGAAGUGAACAUGACACAACUUCCUUUGGUCAGCAUGGCGUCACCCAAAUCGUCACACGGUCCUGGCCCGCUUGUGACUGAAGCGGUGGAUGCAGAGCAACUGGAAACCAUUCCACUCACCAGACCGCUACAUGUCGACGAUCUGCCCGACCUUGAGGAUCUGGAGUCAGACGUCUCAGAAAUGUCUUCCCAGGUGAUGUCGAGACCAAGAAUAGAAGUCAUCUCAGGGGAAGACAGUGAGGAAGAAUCAGUCAGGGAAGUCACACCUCUUAGUCCUGCUAAUCCGGUGUGCUUGAGUGCAUCCAAGUCAUUUACAACUUCUAAUCAAUCAUUAUUAAUAUACACAGAAGAUAGGGAUGCUUCAGAACAAAAUACAAAAUUAAAAGCAAGUCCAAGAUCAGUUCCAACACGCUGCCUGAUUGAAGAGCUAUAAAAUGGGAGACUUUGUUUUUUUAGAAUUUAGC